AUGAAGGCAUCUCAAAGCAGGCAGAAAAGUUACCAUGACAAGAGGAGGAAGGCUCUUGAGUUCAGUGAGGGUGAUCAUGUUUUUUUGAGAGUUACUUCGGUGACCGGUGUUAGGCGUGCGUUGAAGUCGAAGAAGCUUACACCUCGUUUCAUUGGUCCAUACCAGAUCACUCAGCGGGUUGGAGUUGUUGCUUACAAAAUAGCUUUACCUCCGUCGCUGGAAAAUUUGCAUGAUGUAUUCCAUGUGUCCCAACUCUAUAAGUAUAUUCAUGAUCCUUCUCAUGUGAUUCAAAUGGAUGAUGUGCAUGUGAGGGAUAAUCUAACUAUGGAGGCUUUACCUUUGAGGAUUGUGGAUCGGGAAGUGAAGUAA